GGCUGGAGCACAAGGCAGAUGGAUGCUAGACCUCAGAAAGUCAGGAGGAGGAACCACAGUGGGGAGGACAGCAGCAAGCACACACGACGCUGUGCAUUGGAGAUGGCGUAGACUAUUACGGGAUGCUGUACGGUCUCCACAUAGAUCUCCACCGAGUGGUUAGCGCACGGCGCCACGAAUGACAAAUGCCAUUAUUAGGAACGCGUUUUACUGUGCCUGCACGUUUCUCGACAUCCGCGCACGUCAUGGCAAUCAUGCGCCAGGGGCGUCAGGUCUAGACCAGCCGUGCCACUUCCCUCUCGUCGCAACUGCCGUGCACCGAUCGCGCCCGCUUCUCUCGCAGUUUAAACCCGUAUCUAGUACGUCAUAGGAGCCAUCAUUCUCGCGCGGACCGCACAAAGGGCCUUAGAAGGCAUGCCGCGUGCCAAAAUCCACUGCAGUAGGGAAGCACGAGGCUUGAGCGUGGGGAGCGAGAGAGGCAAGGCGUUUUGAGGAUUCGCCGAGGGAUCGUAUCGUAGUAUCUGGCCAUAUAGACCAGCCGGCACGAGGAAGCCGAAUUGCCUGCUGGGGCCGUACAAUGCGGGUGUGCGAACUAGGGUUCUUCGUUCCUCGCCCGCUCUUACUGCAUUUGAGAGCACCAACUAGGGUUCUCUGCUCCUCGCUCGCUCUUCCUGCGUAGCCCACGCUUGGCGGGUGGUCGCCGACAUCACGCGUCGUUUCACGCGCCUUAAUAUUCCUCGCGGCGUCACGCGCACCGUUAGUUAGCAAUGCCACGACACUACUCAAGCUCGCUUCCUUCCUGCUUCCAGCGAUUAGCCCUAGGUUCCUUGUACCCGUGGAAUUUCGACGGUUCUAACGAUGUGCUAGUCGUGCUCUCCUACGACCAUCUGGUUCUUCCGUAACGGAGAUCGAUGAAUGAGUUAUUUAAGAGAGAUCUAUAAGCUUUCUACCCACCGCAAUUAGUACCUUAUACCGGAAGAGUUGUCGACAUUUUCUCAUCCUUGUAGUCUCCAGCAUCACUUCGUGUUACAGCGGGUAACCCUACAACAUGCCUCGAGCCUAUCCGGGGCGAUACGCGGGAGCAGUGGUAGAGGGAUCGACGUCCAGCUGGCCGUGGCAGAGAUGGCGUGACGUGGCUGGAAUUCAAGCACCCCAGUCCCAGACUCCCCACCAGCACUCCCUCAAACCGCACUCCAGCCCACCUCACCCCUUCUCCUCCCUCGCCACGUUGCUUCAAGCAUCCGGCCCUCGUUCCUUCCCUUCCUCCCCCGUCUCCGCCCAACCAUCCACCACCGCCACCAACCCCUCUUCUCCGUCUCUCCCUCUGCACCUCACUGCACCGGCCACCACCGUGUUGGGGUCAGCAGCGGUGGGGGCGGCGGCAGCAGGGGUGUCGUCAGAGGCAGCGCUGCUCUUCGUGUCCCUCGCGCUUCUGCUCUCGCUCUGGAACAGACAGCUCCGCCGCUCCACCUCAGGGUCAUGCCAGCAGUACAGCCUAGACGAGGUGUCGCGCGCCACGGACUACUUCGCGGAGGAGAACAAGAUCGGCACGGGCGGCUUCGCGCACGUGUACCGCGGCACCUCGCCCUGGAACGCUGAGUCGCUGUGGGCCGUCAAGCGCUGCACCGUGCCCACCGAGCACUUCGGCCGCGUGGUGCGGGAGAUGUCGAACAAGAUCCAUCCGAACCUGGUGCGGCUGAUCGGGUGCUGCAACGACUUCAACGAGAGCGAGGGGCGGCACGAGCAGAUCAUCAUAUGCGAGCUCAUGACCGGCGGCAGCAUCCACGGCCGCUUCAGCAGAGAUUCGCGCGACCCCCUGACCCUGCAGCAGCGGUUGGACAUUCUGAUAGGGGUAGCUCGCGGCCUGGAGUACCUGCACAGCUUUGGCAUUGUGCAUCGCGACAUCAAGCCGGCCAACAUCCUGCUGGACGCCAACAUGCAGGCGAAGAUAUCGGCGUUUGGGGCAGUGCGCAUGGGAUACGACGAGCAGAUGGUGCAGUGCAUGGGCACGCACGGGUACAUUGACCCCGCUGCCAGGGCCAACAGGAACGUGCGCACCAGCGCGGACGUGUACAGCUUUGGAGUGGUGAUGCUGGAGAUGCUGACCGGGCGCAAGGCCGUGGAGUGGGAUGGCAACGCCGACAGCAACUUCAAGGGAUGGGUGGUGCAGUGCCUGUACGAGCGCAACACCUCGCUCAUCGGCGACCCACACCUCAAGGCGCCGGACAGCCUGGUGGCGCGCAUGGCGGACCUGGCGCUGCCGUGCCUGGCCAUGCCGCCCGACAGCCGCCCCUCCAUGGCGCGGGUCAUCCACGACCUGGAGGCAGUCAAGGUGUUUAUCGCCUCGCAGUGGGCGGAUCUCAUCAACUGGUCGCCCAAUGCUCGUGGGGGUGAUGGUGCGAGCGGGGAUUUGACCUCCGGGGAGGUGCUGCAAGCAGGUCCAACGCCCACCAUUGCAAGAACAAGCUCAAAUGCGGCAGCAGCGGAGCGCAGGGGCCCGUUGCUGUGCCAGCAGCUGAGUGUGGGGGAGGUGGUGCGGGCGACCAACGGGUGGGCGGAGGAGAGCCGCAUCGGCAGUGGCGGGUUUGGGGAUGUGUACCGCGGGGUGAGCCCCCUCGACGGCUCCACGGUGUGGGCCGUGAAGCGGGCCAAAGUGCUCACUAACGACUUCCGGAGGGAGGUGAACGAGAUGGCCACGAAGCACCACCCGAACCUGGUGCGCCUGCUGGGGUUCUGCAUUGACGGCGACGCGGCGUCGGAGAACAUGGAGCAGAUCGCCAUCUACGAGUUCAUGCCCAACGGCGACCUCGAGAAGCGCCUGCACCCAGCCACAUCCCCUGAGCCGCUCUCGUUGAGACAACGGGUCGACAUUCUGAUAGGAAUGGCGCGCGGCCUGGAGUACCUGCACAGCUUUGGCAUUGUGCAUCGCGACAUCAAGCCGGCCAACAUCCUGCUGGACGCCAACAUGAAGGCGAAGCUGUCGGACUUUGGGUUGGUGCGCAUGGUGGAGGGGACCACAUGCCAGUCCACACGGGUGAUGGGCACGCCGGGCUACGUGGACCCUGCUUACUCCCUCACUCACAAGGCCACUCCCACCAUCGAUGUGUACAGUUUCGGCAUAGUGAUGUUGGAGCUGCUGACGGGGCACCGGGUGGUGUUCAUAAUGGAUGGGGGCGCGCCCAUGAACAUCAAGGAGUGGGUGGAGCAGCACAUAGCGUGCGGGGACAUCAGUGCCAUCGGGGACCCCUUCAUGCGCGCGCCCGACUCCCUCGUCCUCCGCAUGGCGCGCCUCGCCCUGCGCUGCACCGCAGCUCUCACGGCCUCACGCCCCACCAUGGGGGAAGCGGCCACGGAGCUGGAGGUGCUCAAGAAGGAGUUCUUUGGGGCGGAGAGCAGCCGCAUGGCGCAGCGGGUGGACGAGCAGAUGCAGUCGCUGCGCCUCACGCACCGCGACUUGAGGGAAGAGCUGCAGAUGAUUGCGGGGAUCGAGUCGAGCGUGAGCAUGGGCUCUGGGCGGAGACUGUCGGGGGGGUCCGUAAGACGCGACGAGGACAGGGGCUCGUGAUGGGCGGGGGUUUUGAGGGGGGGCUGAUGGUAGUAGAAGGUCCGGGUCCGGGAUGUGCGAGGAGGAUGGAGAAGAUGCGGGCGGAUGAAAAUGGAGUCGUGUUAGAUUAGGCCGCUGUGCCGACUCAGAGGGAGGUGGAGUGGAGAGAGACUAGGGGCCGAGGUACAUGGGGAGGAAGGCGGGUGCUGCCACGUGAGGAGAUAGAUCGGAUGAUGAAUUUGGAGAGGAAUGUGGAGAGAAAAGAGAGGCUGGUGCAGAUUAUUGGGAAUGCCUCUACCAUAUGGAAAAGUUUAUGAAGUCUCUAUGAUCGGCAUUUGAUAUUCUUGUACACUAUAAUGAGUUUGAG